GUAGCAUCCAGGAAAAUGGCGGCGUCCGCAAGUGCGGGCGUGACGGGCCGGCGUGGGCGAAGGGGGCGCGGGCAGCACGGACGCGGGGGGCGCCGCCGGCCGGGGGGCGGCACGGAGGGGGCCCUGAAGCGGCUGAAGCUAGCGGUGGAGGAGUUCGUGCAGGCGACCUCCGAGGGUGAGACCCCCGGCGGCCCGGCCGGGCCCCGGGCGGAGGGGCGCUUGCGCCGGGGCGGGAGGAAAAGCCGCAGGGAGCUGAGGAAGGAGAAGCGGCACCUGAAGAAGGCGCGCCGGCUGCAGAGGACUGCGGACCCGGCGAAGGGCCCGGGCCCAGGCGGCGGCGGAGCCGGGGGAGCGAGUGGCCUUCGGGCGGAGGGGGCGGAGGGGGAGGGCGGCCGGCGGACCCCUCGUCGGGUCCCGGCGCCCCCGGACGAGCCGCGACCUCCCCCGGCCAAGGGCGCCCGGGCCCGCCCCGAGGCCAGGGGUCUCCCCGGGAGCAUCAGACCCGGCUCAGCCGCCGCCGCCCGGAAACGGGCCCUUCUGGCAGCCAACGAGGAGGAGGACCGGGAGAUCCGGAAGCUGGAGCGGUGCCUCGGCUUGAACAAGCGCAGAAGGAAGGGCGACGGUGGCUCCGUGCCACUUAGCUUUGCUCGCGAUGGGCUCGACUACAUCCUGGGAGCCCUGGGGUCUGGAAGAACUGGCGGCUCGUACGAAGGCAGUAGUGAGGAGGAGGAGGAGGAGGAGGAGGAGGAUGUCGGACAGACUGUCCCCGAAAGUGACUUAGAGAGCGACACCGAGGACGAAAGGGGGGAGGAGGAGGAGGAAGAAGAGGAAAAGAACAAGGUGGAAGCGGGAGCGCACAGUGAGCAGGACGACGUGGAAGACAUUAAGCCAAAAAAAGUGGCAGAGGGGAGAGCGAAGUGGAAAAGGGACAAAAAGAGAGUCCGUUUUGCAGAAGAAACGAGUGAAAAUUCCUCUGAGGACGCGGGCACAGACGCCACAGAUCAGCAGAGUGUUUGCGAAAAUGAUGGAAAGUACGUCCCACCUCACGUGAGGCAUGCUGAGGAGACAGUGAGUGGUCAGAAAAAGGAGGGACUGGAAAGACUGAAGAGACACGUCCAAGGUCUCAUCAACAGGUUGAGCGAGCCGAGCGUGGCCUCCAUAAGCGGGCAGCUGGAGGAACUGUACAUGGCCCACAGCAGGAAGGACAUGAACGACACUCUGACGGGCGUCCUCCUGAGCGCCUGUGCCCCAGGCGCGGCCAUGCCAGGCAGGCUGGUGAUGGAGCACGUGCUCCUGCUCAGCGUCCUUCACCACACGGUCGGCGUGGAGGUCGGUGCUCACUUUUUGGAGGCCGUGGUGAGGAGGUUUGACACCAUCUACAAGAACGGAGGCGAAGACAGAGAGUGUGAGAACCUGUUCACUGUCAUCGCCCACUUGUAUAACUUCCACGUGGUGCAGUCUCUCCUUGUCUUUGACAUUUUGAAAAAACUGAUUGGAACUUUCACAGAAAAAGAUAUUGAACUGAUCCUGUUAAUGCUGAAAAACGUGGGCUUUUCAUUGAGAAAAGAUGAUGCUUUGUCGCUUAAGGAACUAAUCCUGGAGGCCCAGGCCAAAGCCAGCGAGGCAGGUGGCAAGUUCCGGGACCAGACGAGGGUUCGGUUUAUGUUGGAGACCAUGCUGGCGCUGAAGAACAAUGACCUGCGCAAGAUCCCCGGCUACGACCCUGAGCCUGUGGAGAAGCUGAGGAAAUUACAACGAGCUCUGGUGCGCGGCACCGGCUCAGGCACGGAAACCCAGCUCCGCGUCUCCUGGGACGGCAUCCUGAACGCAGAGCAGACCGGGCGCUGGUGGAUUGUGGGGUCCGCGUGGAGCGGGGCCCCCAUGAUUGACAACAGCCAGCAGAAGGUCACGGAGAGGCGGCCCACGGGGACGGUUAGCGGGAAGAUACUAGAACUCGCCAGGAAGCAGAGAAUGAACACCGAUGUCAGGAGAAACAUAUUCUGCACAAUAAUGACAAGUGAAGAUUUUUUGGACGCGUUUGAAAAGCUUCUGAAGCUUGGGCUCAAGGACCAACAGGAGAGGGAGAUCGUUCACGUUCUCAUGGACUGCUGCCUUCAGGAGAAAAGCUACAACCCCUUCUACGCGUUCCUGGCCGGCAAGUUCUGUGAACACGAGAGAAGGUUCCAGAUGACUUUCCAGUUCAGCAUAUGGGAUAAAUUCCGGGACCUAGAAAACUUGCCAGCCACUAAUUUCUCUAAUUUGGUUCACCUGGUAGCCCACUUGUUGAAGACAAAGUCACUUCCACUUUCCAUUUUAAAGGUAGUUGAAUUCAGCGAAUUGGAUAAACCCAGAGUCCACUUUUUACGAAAAGUGUUAUAUAUGCUGUUAAUGGAAACUGAAGUUGAAGACCUGGCUUCAAUUUUUGCAAGAGUGGCUGACAGCCCGAAGCUGGGCAUGUUGAGAGAAGGUCUGAAACUCUUCAUCAGUCACUUCCUGGUGAAGAGCGUGCAGACGCACGCAAGUGCGGAGGAAGCCAGCGUGCUGAGAGAGAGGGCCGACCUCUCCACAAAGAGUUUGCAAGGCCAGGCUUCCCUGAGGAUGUAGUCUGCCAAAGGACGGCAAGUGAGUGGUCAUUUGUCUGAAAAUGUCCCUUUUAAACCCAAAAGGCUUGUUACUCCACUGACCGUGUGUAAAUCCUGGUGGAGAUAUGCCACGGUCUGUCGUAUUUAAUAUACUGCAUUUUAGCUAAUUUUUUAAUUUAAGGUUAUAUUGUACUUACGUUUUCACCCAUUUUCACGUAUAUGUAUAUACGGUGGAGUUGGGAGAAGACAGAGGGAAGAACAGACAGACCCUGGACUUGUUCUCCGAGCCGCGAGACUGGGUCGGGUGUGGGUGUGCAGGCAUGGGGGUGAUGGUCUCUUUUAAUAGACAAAGUAGGCCACUAGGGGGUGCAGUUACAAAGAAGUUGAUGCGUGUUUUUGUCUUUAUAUAUUGGUUAAAAGUUCGAAAACCAUCAGUUAAGUGUGGUACCUGAUAUCUGACUAUUUCAAGUGUUGGGAAUGCAGAUGUUUUGGAAAAGUCAGCAGGUGACGUAAGCCUUGCAGAUAUCUGUAUGACAUGAUGUGUGGAGCUUCCCACCAGCACUUGGCCUAAAAUUGUGACGUGGUGAAGGACGCUCUUCCUGUUUGUGUCUGUCACUUCUACUCAUCAACUCCAGAUGGCAAAGCACUUUGCUAAACAGCCUUGACGUCACCAGAUAGUGGACACCUAGCAGGUGUGGCUUUCGAGCCUGGUUCUAGGAGGGACGCUGUGUGAUGAGUGAACGUUUCUGCAGAAAAGACACCCCCGCUCACAUGGCAAACUCCGGCCGAUCCUCUGAAGAAGUGAGUGUCCUCGGAGGGCAAGUGUCUGUCGUUUCUCCAGCUCCUAGGAUCUGCUCCACUGUCUUAAAUGCUGCAAACUUGACUUACACGUCACCUUCAGUUGUUGAAAAGUCACCAAAACGUGUGUAUAGACUAGUGUUUUAUGUGCCAUAAACCCACGUACCCCAGCAGCGCACUGUCCUUCAGAGUGGUCCCCGUGGGAGGCUGCACCGGCCGAGCGAGGCCACUCCUGUGCAAACCCCCCUUUUGUCACAGACUUUCACACAUCGUCUCCACGUGACCCGACAGCGGUUCGUGUCUGGAAGUCACCGCGUGAAGUCCCAAGUGUCUCCGUGUGUCUCCGUGCGCGUCCCUAAACUAGUGGUUUCAGUUUUGAGAUGCGCAGGGAACACGGGAGACUUGGUGCUCUGGCCUCUCUCGUGCUCGUCAGCCCCACAGUCAGCAGCCGCCCCGCAGCCCCGUGUCUCGCAGCCGGUUCUGAACCUGCACGACAAAGAAGCCUGUGUUAGGAGCGUGCUGAGAGCCUCCACUCUACCGAGGGGCUUUUUCACAGAACGUCUGCUGGGCGGUGACCAGGCUGGACGAGGUCCGUUCCGCUCACGCCACCUGUCUGCACACAGCGACCCGUGUCCAGAGGUCUUGCUCCGAAGAGAAAUGUGCCCGUCGAACUAAACUGUGUGCUUAACGCACAGUCGAUCUGCGUUCGGUGCCAGCUCUUGCCUCCCCGAGGACGCCCGUAACUGACCUGAGGCCAUUCUCUGUGGGGGCAGCUGCCAAGAUUGAGAGAAGCUUCUCUGCAACAGAACGGUCCCCCCUCAUCCAUGACACGCGCCCCAGACCUCGGAGGUGUGGAUGAGCCCAAGCUGAUGUUUCGUAGAAGAUAAACUUGUGCAGGUUGAAUCCCACUUUUCUAUUGUCUUUUAUUGUUAAAACAGUAAGAAUGUCUCUUUUCCAUGGAAUAUAUUUAUGACUUAAUCCCCGAUGUCUGAGUUGUUGAAUUUGUACUAUGGCAGAUUAUCCAUAAACCUGUCCUUUUUAAGUAUAAACGCCUUUUUUAACAAAAUAUGGGUUGUCACGUGUCAGUAUGCUUUAAGUAAAUGAUUGUAUCUUGACCAAAAGCUGUGAAUUCAAAUUUGCUUUAAAUGUAUAGGUCUUUUAAAUGCAGUACAAUAAUCUGCCUUUGAAAAGAAUGCAGCCAGUGCUGGGUGUCUGUGAAUUCUUGGACUUCUGGUGAUGCAGUUUGAGAACUGCCAUUGUAUUGAUGGAAUUUAUGAAAAGAAGCUGUCUGUAGGGAGUUUUGUCUUUUUUUUUUUUCUUUGUAAACGCUCUCUACAUCCAGCCUGAGGCUUGAACUCACAACCCCGCAAUCAAGGGUUGGCUGCCUGUUCCACCGACGGAGUCAGCCAGGUGCCUGCAUGGGAUUUUAUCUUCAAAGUAGAGACAUAAGGAACGAACUUUUUAAUGUAUUAAAAUGUGUAAAUAAAAAUAUUUUUUUUGUAUU